AAAGGUAAAAUCUUUUCAAAGUGGCGGACCGUCUUGAGAGCGCUCGUAUUGGCGCCAUGGGCGGCGUGUUCCCGAUUUUAGGGCUAGCGUAGAGAAUGUGAUCCUCCUCUCCUCCUCUCCGGCGCAUCGCGAACGCGAUCUCUUCUUUUCUUGAUAAUCCGAUCGAUCUCGCCGCUAUCGCGAGCUGUGGGUGUGGAUCGGGAUCGCGGCGUUGUGGAUCAUGAAGUUUGGGAAGAGAUACACUGAGUAUGUGGAGAAGGAAGGGCGGCGCCUUCUCGAGGGGUGCUCGUAUGUGGAAUUCAAGCGCCACAAGAAGCUUCUCAAGCGUUGCGGCCGCCAAGAACUCCUCAAGGCGCCAUCGGCCGGGGAUCCAUCGUCUCUGGCGUGCAAUUGCCCUGUUGCGUGUCCAGUCUGCGAUGGGAAUUUUUUCCCCAAUUUGCUCAAGGAGAUCUCCGCCGUGGUGGGCUGUUUCAACUCUCGCGCACAGCAGCUCCUGGAAUUCCACCUCUCUUCCAAGUUCCAGAGGAUGCUACUGCGCAUGAGGCACAACUUUGGUGGAGAUCACGGCGCGAUGAUCUAUCAGGGAAGAAACUUGGUGAACUAUGCCUCGAUGAACGCCAUCGCCAUUCGCAAGAUUCUAAAGAAGUAUGACAAGGUGCAUUGCUCGGUAGCUGGGCGAGCUUUUAGAACACGACUCCAAGCCAUGCAAGUCGAGCUCCUCCAGUCUCCAUGGCUGAUCGAGCUAAGUGCUCUCUACAUCAACCUCAAGGAUAAAAAAGAUGGUCAGAAGGGUGAAAAUGGCGAGACUAGCAGUGGUGAGAACUUAUCCUUUCCCGAGGGACUGUCACACUGCUCUUGUGAAUUUGGCGAUUCCAAGGCUACUCUCCAGUGCACUCUCGUCGACUCGCAGACGUUUGAAGUGGAUCUUACGUGCUCCAUCUGUCUGGAAACGCUGUUUGAUCCAGUCGCUCUGGGCUGCGGGCAUCUCUUUUGCAACACCUGUGCUUGUUCUGCGGCUUCCAUUCCAACAAUUCAAGGCGUCAAGUCUGCCACCAAGGAGUCCAAGUGUCCGCUUUGUCGACAGCCUGGCGUGUACCUGACCGCGGUUUUACUCACGGAGUUGAACUUGAUGAUCAGAAACAGAUGCAGGGAUUACUGGGACGAGAGACUCAAGAAAGAGCGCGUGGAGCGCGUCCAGCAAGUUAAGGAGCACUGGGAGAAUCAAAUGAAAGUGGUGCUCGGAAUGUAAAGUCGCCUUUGUCAAUAACAUUCAAGCUCGUGAGAUUUGAAGGUA